CUUCCGCCAAAAUUUCAAAACCAUUUUCCUUUAGGUCCAGUUGUACUACUGUGAGUUUAGUGUUUUUACCGAUUUUAAAUUAUUAUUUCAAAUCAUAAUGGAUGCCUUUGGUGAAGAGCAUACAAAAAUGUACAUUUAUGAAAAUAGAUUGAAAACCUACGUAGGUUGGCCGUUCGAAGAGGGCUGCGUUUGCACUCCAGAGAACAUGGCAAAAGCUGGAUUCAUCCAUACCCCAACAGAAAACAGUCCAGACAUAGCUAUGUGCUUCUUCUGUCUGAAAGAGCUGGAGGGUUGGGAGCCAGAGGAUGACCCAGAGAAGGAGCAUAAGUCCCAUUCACCCAGUUGCAACUUCAUCUGCUUAAAAAAGGGUGUGACUGACCUGACUGUGGAAGACUUCAUUAAACUCCAGAAAGAGAAGCAGAAGUUUCACAUUAAGAAGGCAGGCAAAGAGGACAUCACUAAAUUUGAGGAAGCCGCAAAACGGACAAGAGUAGAGAUCAUCAAGACUGCCAAGGAUGAAGAGUGAAAAGAACAACGUGUGGAGAGACUGGAAUUAUCGGUGUUCUUAAAACGUAAUCCCUGAUAGUGCAGCAGCCUAUUGUACAUAAUUGUCUGUCUUAUCCUUGUGUGAAAACCCUUUUUCUUAAUAAAUGUUUUCAUUUCCCAA